AUGCAUUCUGACGACCACAAAAUCAUUAUAAGAGCAGACAAAAGACCAUUUGGAAGCCAUGAAAGACAAUUCAAUGCUCCCACUUUCAAUGAAGUCGCAGUGGUGAUUGUUGCCGAAAAUGUGGCAUCACGCGAUAUUGUUCUUAAGCGUCGCGAUGGUGGACAAUUGCAGCGCGUGUACGAGACUCAUCGGUCAUAUGAUGCGCUUCAAUACCCGUUGAUGUUCUGUAGAGGAGAGGAUGGCUAUCACUUAAAUAUUAAGAUGUUCAACCCAAUGACGGGAGAAGAAACGAAUAAAAAUGCCAGCUCAAUGAAUUUUUAUGCAUAUCGAUUGAUGAUUCGACAAGAUGUUGACAACCAUCUAUUGAGAUAUCGCCGGUUGUUUCAAAAGUACUGCGUCGACAUGUACGUCAAGGUCGAAACGGAGCAGCUCAAUUUCAUUCGCUUCAAUCAGUCAAAGUUACGAUCAGACGAGUACAUCCACUUGCGUUAUGCCAUCGCUACCGAAGGAGACGCGGCCAACAUUGGUCGUUUGACUAUUCUCCCGGCUACUCAUAUUGGAAGCCCGCGACACAUGCUGAAUAUGCCCAAGAUGCGAUGACGUAUGUGCGGAAUUACGGACGACCUGAUUUGUUCAUCACGUUUACUUGCAAUCCGAAAUGGCCCGAAAUUACAAAUCAGUUGCUGACAGGACAAACACCAAGUGAUCGACAUGACAUCAC